GCUCCACAACGUGUGACCUUCCCACUCACACAAUCCUGCGCAAAACAUCGCUGCACACAUUCAAUGGCACGAUUGUCAGGUCUUCAGCGGGAGGUUCUAUCCCUGUAUCGGAAAUGUUUGAGAGAAAUCCGAAAGAAGCCUGUCGAUACCCAACAGAAUUUCAGAAUAUACGCUAGAAACGAGUUUCAGAGGCACAUGAAAAUCAGCAAAAAAGACUUCAAUGCGAUUGAAUAUCUGCUACGCAAAGGGCACCGACAGGUUGAGAUGUAUUCUUCACCGGGCAUACGCAACAUCCGCUAAUUCAUGCGGUGAUGCUUGAAUUUGGUGCAAGCGAUAUGCUUAUCUUGACCAACUGUCAGCUCAAAGGGGCGCCUGACAGGACAGGACAGCUGACCAGCAACUGAGUGACCUGGUUACGUCAUCCAAGGCUUGGAUUAUCAACUGAGUAGUGAAGUUGCCUCUAGCCGCCUCCCGAAGCUCAUGGAAUCGUCCAGAGGCACCAAGUAGGAACGGAUAUGAGCUUUAUCAACCCUCCAGAUAGUGCCAGAAUACUCGUGCUAGUUCUCGGUGUAAUACUUAGCUA